CGCGUGCAUGCUAUCAAUCAGAUUGCAUCAAGAUGGCCGCUUCCAGUGCAGCGCUCUCAAUGUCCAAAAUCAUCAAACCCAUUUGGUGUGGACGGUUGUCAACGACGGCAAAAGUUUUUGGAGCCACAGUGAGCAGUCGCAGAGAGAAGUCAACAGUAGGACAAAUCAUUCCUCCUCCUGCGAAGUAUGGUGGCAGACACACUGUAACUCUGAUACCUGGAGAUGGUAUUGGACCAGAACUUCUCAAUCACGUCAGGGAGCUCUUCAGGUUCAGCUGUGUGCCUGUGGACUUUGAGGUAGUGAACGUCUGCUCAGCUACUGAGGAUGACAUCAAUAAUGCCAUUACUGCCAUCCGCCGUAAUGGAGUGGCCCUCAAAGGUAACAUUGAAACCCUCCACACCCUGCCUGCUUCCCACAAGUCCAGAAACAACCUCCUCCGUACCACUUUGGACCUGUAUGCCAACGUCAUGCACUGUAAGUCCCUCCCUGGAGUCCAGACUCGCCACAACAACAUUGACAUCAUGAUCAUCAGGGAGAACACUGAGGGAGAGUACAGCAGUCUGGAGCAUGAGAGUGUAUCAGGGGUGGUGGAGUGUCUAAAGAUCAUCACCCGGACUAACUCCCUGAGAAUCGCUGAGUAUGCCUUUAAAUUGGCCCGGGAGAAAGGUCGCAAGAGGGUCACUGCCGUCCACAAGGCCAACAUCAUGAAGCUGGGAGAUGGUCUGUUUCUGCAGUGCUGUAGAGAGGUGGCUGCUGGGUACCCUGACAUUGCCUUUGACGCCAUGAUAGUCGACAACACCACCAUGCAGCUGGUGUCCAAGCCCCAGCAGUUUGACGUGAUGGUGAUGCCCAACCUGUAUGGUAACGUGGUCAGCAACGUGUGUGCCGGCCUGGUGGGAGGGCCAGGGCUGGUGCCGGGGGCUAACUACGGCCGCGACUAUGCUGUCUUCGAAACGGCCACCAGAAACACAGGGAAGAGUAUUGCUGACAGGAACAUUGCUAACCCCACUGCCAUGCUACUGGCCAGCUGCAUGAUGCUGGACCACCUCAAGCUCCAUGAUUAUGCCUCUAUGAUCAGGAAUGCAGUCCUGACGACCAUGAACGAGACUCAGUUGCACACAGCUGACAUCGGGGGGCAGGGCACCACCUCUGAGGUGGUCCAGGCUAUCAUGAGGAACAUCCAGAGCAAGGGGCCUCUCACCAGCGAGCUCUGAACACACACACAUACACACACACACACACACACACAUUGUGGAUGUGUCUCGUAUGUUUAAAAUGGCUGUAAUGUACUGUAUGUGUGUGCUGAGUAAGUGGGGGUGUGUUUGUGCAUGUUUGUUUCUAUAGUGAUGCUCCUCUGUGUUGUUGACGUGUGAGAGCGGUUCAGUCCUGUCUUUAAACACACACACACACACACAUACCUUUCAGACUAGCAGUGUAUUCAUCAGUUAUCUUCUCCUUUGCACACUUUUCAUUCAUGUCUAUAAUAGCAUGCUGUAGUGAAGAAGUAAAAGCAAGGAUCUAUCUCUUAGGUUUAACCCCAGGACAUGAUAGCUACUCUCUGCUAGGUGUAUCCUACAACCCAGUACAUGAUAGCUAGAUUGCAACACCUUCAGCUCCACCUGGAGAAAUUGGCUUUGUUUGAUUGUAUUUAAGCAACUGUUCUUAGGUACAUUUGUCACUCAAAUAUCUAUAUACUGUCUCUUAUUAAUGUACAGUGGUUGAAAUCUAGAGGGAACAAAGCACGUUUACCUGCUAAAUCAAAUGGGUUUGUUUUGGUUUCAUAUACUGUGGCUGUAUGUAUGAAAUUAAUAUUAUCGAUUAAAAUAAGGUUAUCUAAGCCUA